UCCCUCCUAUUUUUUACAGUCUAUGGUUCCCUCCUACUUUUUUAACAGCUGGCUGUGCAAACGGGUUUCUUUGGCUACCACGCUCAUUUGUGAAGACAACGUAAACGUUAAUGUAUGUAACGUUAUUCUGUGAUUUACCACCUCGAUAGGUCUGAUGUGUCCUCAAGACUGAAUGUUUGCGUCAUUUUAAAAAGCGUCCCGCGGACGAAGACUACCUUGGUUAAUUCGCUCAUUCAUUUGGAGAGCUAACUUAAUUGUAACCAGGCUAACCUAAAGUUUAUAAUGUUUGUUUCUCGGAUAAAUAGCAAAGGCUAAAAUACCCGGAAGUAGCAUCGACCACUGAAGUCUUACAACAUAAUGUCUCUAAAGUAACUAAUUAAGUUAUCGCUAGGACUUUGACGUCUCGAAUCUACUUGACAAGCCGUCUAGUGGUUGAGAAGGAAUACAUUGGCGAUGUAACAUUAACCUUCAUGUUACCAGAAGAGGUUAGAAAGCAUCCGUCUUCUGACAAAAUGACUUUGGACGAUGGUGUGCCUUAUUUGGAAAUGAAGAGUAUUCUUGAUGACUCUUCAAAGGAAAACGUGCCCGUGGAGACACCCUCGCAGUCAAUGCAGCGAAAAGACGACAGCGCUGGCCUUAGUUUGCCUUUAGGCGAAGAGUAUGAGAGGAAGAAACAGAGGCUUAAACAAGAGCUUCGUAUGGACUACAGAAGAUAUGUGUCACAGAAAAACGACUUGACCUCUGAAGAGGCAUGUGCUCAACCGCAGGAACUUUCUCUCCCUAUCAGAGAAAGGAGAUCUGCCAAGGCACGGCUAAGAGAUGAACGGAACAAAGAGUACAAUGCCUUUCUUAAAGAAAAAGGAACGCAGGCGGCUGUAACCAGAACAUUACCAGAUUCAUGGAAGGUACAAUUUCAAGACCGCCUUUCACCGCCCUUGUCAAAACCUACACGGGGCUCCCCACCCCCUGACCCGAGGGGUCAUCUGGCCGAGACGCUGUCAUCCAGAAGAGACGCCGCCACACUAACAGAUUCUCGAGUCCAACAGGCCGGCACACCACGCAGGCGGUGGGGAGGCACCCCUGUGCGCCUCGAAAGAAAGCCUCGGAGGCUCCAAGGCCAUUACUACAACUCUGAGGAAGACCUGAGUUAUGGGGAGGAGGACGAGGAGUAUGAGGAGGAAGAGCUAGAUUACAUGUCCAGGAGGAGGCCCAGGCCUAGAGAGCUGAUUGGAUACUUGGGGAAGAGGGAGAGGAGAGUCCAUCGUCACAGACCCGACAGAAUUGUCCAGGAGAGGAGAGAGCCUCAAGCCCCCAUCCUCCAAGCAGAGGAAUACAUCGAGGAGAGCCGGCGGACGCUGUCAGCCAUACACAACCCUAAUCUGCAGGCAGAACCAGCGCCAGUGAAGACCAGUGAGCGGUCCAGAUCGGUGGCCAACAAGAACAUGGCCGACUUCUCCACGGGGCUUAUCAUAGGGACAGCGGAAGGGGACCUGGCCCAGCAGAGGAGGAAGGAGCGCUACAGGCAGGAGCUGCUGGAGCAGAUGGCUGAACAGCAGAAGAACAAGAAGAAGGAGAAGGAACUUGAACUCAGAGUUGCUGCUUCUGGAGCUGUAGACCCAGAAAAACAGCCUGACCGGAUCAAGCAGUUCGGUGCGGUGAACCGGGAGUAUGAGGGGAGGCGGCGGAGGGACGUGCCCUAUCGCCCGGGGCCCACGCUGGACUCCUUGGGGGGCAACUCAGCCAGGCAACCCCCCGAGGAGAGAGCUGGUGGUGCGGAGGAGAGGACACCCCCCGAGAGGCCCCACGUGGCCUUCCAGUCGCCCCCACUCGUGGACUACAGCACCAGCCUGGCCCAGCUGGCCGCAGCCAGUGGUGGGGGCAGGCUGGAGGCCGGGGGAGCACCCAUCAAUGAGGACUUCCACAGGAACCUAUCAGGCACGCUUGGAGAGAUGAUUGCACCAAGGAUCACGGGUGCGCCUCCACCUGUUCCACCCACGCUGCCAGAUGCUUACCACACUCCCUACGAUGACGCCUACUAUUACUACGCAGCCAGGAACCCGCUAGACCCCAAUCUGGCUUACUACGGCCCCGGAGCUGUUGGUGUGGCUUCUUACCCCCAUCUGCCCAUGGGAGUCCCCCAGCCUCUGAGGCCCGGCCAGUCGACUUCUCUCAUACAAGUGCCUAGUCAGCUUGGCAUGGCCCCCUCUGGAAUGGGAGUCUUUGCUGUUGACAGAUCAAAACAGUCCAAGGAGAAUGCACUGAGCUACCAGGAGGCUCUUAAACAGCAGGGCUGGAUGGAAUACAUUUCAGAGGAAGAGAUCAGGGCAGAGUGGAGUCAGCAUUUCCAAAAGAUCCGUGAGCGUCAGGAGCGUAAGAUGCGCGAGCUGGAGGAGCGCGAACGCUGCGACGCCAAACUGGAGGCCGAGAUGAAGAACUACAAGCCCUGGGGGCGGGGAGGAGGAGGAGCCCCUAUCAAGGACGACCACGGCAACCUCAUCAGUGACCUGAAACGGAUGCACCAGUGCAACGAGGAGGCCUAUUUGAACCCAGAGUCCCGCCGGGGGACGGGUAACACAGGCAGGAAUGCUCCGACGCCACGGGAGGACAGGCCCCCCUCUGUCCACAUGAUAGCAGGCUAUCCUCAGGGUCAGGCGGGGUCGCACGCCCGGGGCAACGUGUUCAGGGACAUGCCCACGCCUCAGCAGCUCCACGAGCAGGACCGUUACAAGGAGUACCUGAAGCAGCAGAUUGCGGAGAAGAGGCGCAAGGACGCGGAGGAGCGCGAGCGCCAGCGUCUGGAGGAGGAGCGGGAGGAGAAGAAGCUGGCGGAGCAGAGGGCUCGCAUCCAGCAGGAGUACGAGGAGGAGCUGGACAAGAGGAGACGCAAAGAGAUGGAGCAAUUAGCCAAGAAUGAGGAGCUGGUGCGGCAGGCGGAGGAGAGGAGGAAGGAGGCGGAGAGGAGGAAGAAGGAGGAGGAGGAGAGAGCCAGCCAGGCCCUGAGGCAGCAGGACGAGCGAGAGAGACAGGCCCGACUGGAGGAGGUGAAGAGAGCGCCGUCUCCUCCCAUCCCAACCCUGCAGAAGAAGUUGGGGCGUCAGCGUGCCCCCAGACCCCCCUCCGCAGACAGCCGCCAGUCAGCGGGAGCCUCUACUGUUCGUUCCCUCUCUGCCCCUCACUCCCCACCUGUGCCUGCACGGCGGAAUCAGCUCAGAGCCAAAGAGGAGAAGCAAUCUGUGAUCAGUGAGCUGUCUGCACUGAGCAAACAGCUACGGAAUGAGCAGAGGAGGCUGGAGAGACAGAGACUGCAGACCGAGAGAGAGGACAUGGACACCCCACUCAGAGAGAGGCGUAGAGAGCGCCCUCCGGUGGAUGUGUUUGAUAUGGCGCGACUUCGCAUGCAGGUUUCGGCCAAGAGGCCAUCCUCCAGAACCCAGGGGCCAGUCAACAUCCAGAACAUACACGACUUUAACCAGCUCAAGUACAGAGACAGCACGUCCCGUGAGGAGGUGCGUCAGGCCUACCCAGACCCCCCGUGUGACGAUUACAGUCUGGAGCUCCAGCAGCAGGCACUGCUACGCCACCAACAACGCAAGAUCAACAACAUGAGGAAAGAUAGAACAGAUUACUUCGAUCUGUCAUCCCCGUCCAGGGCGCUUCAUCAUCAGCGUCUCUGCUCCCAGACAACGGAGUCUACUGAAGAGGGCACCAGACCAACACUGCUGCAGUCCGAAAGUGCCUUCAUUGACAGCGUGUCCCUUGAGGAAGAGUGUGAGGCCUACCCAGAUGCCCCAUGCGAUGAUCACAGUGUGGACAUCCAGCAGCAGGCUUUGCUACGCUGCCAACAACGCAGGAUCAACAACAUGAGGAAAGACAGAACAGAUUCCCAUGCGGGUGCGUUCCCUGAGCCCUGUGAGGAGCGGAGAGAGAGACAGACCUCAGCGCGGGAGAGGAGGCGACUGCAACGGAGGAUUGAGUUUGAUGAAGAUCUGGAUGCUCUGUCUGGGCAGCGCGAGGCAGACGGACCGUCAGACGCUCAGUCUCUCCGCAGUCUGGAGAGUGUGAGGGAGCGCAACCACCAGAGGAUGAGACGCCUGGAGGACAUGAGCAAGCAGAGCGGGAGACCAGGUGAGCUGUACCCUGACGAGGAUGACGAGUUCUGGCAGACGACCUCCCCUCCCCUGGAUAGACGCGUCUCUGUGGAUACCGUUGCCACGGAGCCCUGGCUGAGGCCUGGCACCACGGAAACCCUGAAGAAUUUCCUGGCAGGGCGACGACCGCUCAGCAAGGAAACUGUGACUGAGGACUGGGAGGGUCCUUCCACAUACCAUGGAUGACCACAGAACAGCCACGCUAACCAACCCCUAACCCAGGUGCCUGAGGCCUCUUCCAAGGCUGAUCUCAGAACAGAUACACAGGUGCCUGAGGCCUCAGUAGGCCAGUAGUUUGCACUGCAUUCAUGAGUCAUUGACCCUGUAGAGCAUAACUUCAGAGCUAAAGAACACUGUUGUUAUUUAACAUCUUUUAAUAUUGAUGUUUUAUAAUGUCUUAACUUUCUCUUUUAUAUCUGCCUGCUGCUGGUAAUUUAAUUUAUUGGGUUUUUUUUUCAUGUGUGCCUAAAAACAGAAUAAUUGCCUUGUGAGUAGCAUUUGAAUGUUGGUAAGGGACUGGACUAAGAAUUGUAGUCUAAAGAGUUUCAUGCCUCUUAUUCACUGGAGACAGAAAUUGUGUUUGUGUGUGUUCCCUUCUGUACAGAUCAUACACUUCAACCUGUUGUGCUUUUGUUUUUCUGUGUGCAUGUCUUUGUGCAUCUCUCUCCGCAUUGUUGGUGCCUUUCUACUGUGAUAAGGAUUCUCAUGUUUUUAGAACAGAAUCAGCAUCUAUUCAGAUGUUUUAGAUGAAAUAAAUACCUAUUUUAAUUA